CCAGCCCACGUGACCUCUACGUCAUCGCCCCAACCGCGAACUGCUGUAUUCCUGCCCCGACUUGUCCUGUUCCGAGAAGCGGCAAAGUGUGAACGGCGAGCGCGGUACCGAGAUGUCCCGGAGGAGGUCACCUGACGACGAGGAGGAGAAUGACGACAUUAACGACAUCACGAAGGACUUUGAAGUUGAGCAAGACGAUGCAAACCGGCGUCAAAUCCGACAUCAGUACCGGGAGCUGAUGCAGAGCAUGUACCAGAACCGAGAUGACAUGCUGAGCUCCAGAAGUAACAAGCUCACGGACACUCUCCAUGCAGCCAAUCAGCUCUUUGCAGAAGUCUCCAAGCCCAGAGAAGCUGCACUCGAUGCUCAGUUACUCGUUUUGGCAACCAAUCUCGGGAAGGAAAAGGCCAAUCAGCUCCAAGCAGACAUGACGGUUUUCGACCCAACGUCAUUUGCUGAAGACCUGCUUUCAUUCAUGGGCAUAAAUCGGCUGGAAAAUCCAGACAGUGACAGUGAAGAUGAAGGUUGUGCCAAGGGGUAUCUUGGGGUGGAUGCCUGGCAAAAACUAGGAACUGAAGCCAAUAAAUUCUUCAAAAGAACACCUACCUUCCAUUUCAUGUUAGGCUCAUUUAAGACUGAACCUCCAGUUGCUCGUCAGAAGAUAGAGCGUCAAAAGAGGGCUAGUAAAGUGCAGGAGAAGAGCGUGAUGCCAUCGCAGCUGAAGAAAAUGGAAGAGUCUCACCAAGAGGCUACAGAGAAGGAAGUCGAAAGGAUUUUAGGGUUUCUGCAAACUUACUUCAGAGAGGAUCCGGAUAAUCCUAUAUCCUUUUUUGAUUUCGUAAUUGAUCCAAAUUCUUUUGCUCGUACAGUUGAGAACAUCUUUCAUGUCUCUUUUAUCAUUCGGGAUGGAUUUGCAAGAAUAAAUCUUGAUUCAGAUAAACUACCAGUAAUAGAGCCCAUAGCGCAAGACAGUGAGUCGCAGGUUGACAAAGAAAAUCAGCCUAGAUAUCAAGGUGUCAUUAGUCUAAGCCACCAGGAUUGGAAGGAAAUAGUUGAAACAUUUGAAAUUGAACAACCUAUGAUACCUCCCCCAUGAACAGCAAGACGGUCCAGCUUUAUGGUUUAAAAAAGUCUUUACAUUGCUAAAUAUCCUUUCUGUUAUUCAAAGCAUCUGUAAAUUGUUAUGUAUGUAAUAAAUGGCAAACAUUUUAUUAUGUAUAUAGUUUGUACAUAUAUGUAAAAUAUUUUAUGGACCAUAUUGUAUGGCAUUUAUAUAGUUAAGAAAACGUCCUUCUACCUGAAUGUUGCAAACAACUAUAUUUAUUUUACUUUUGCUACAAAAGUGUUUUAAUUUUUGUAAAUUCUAGGAACAUUUUGUAUUCUGAGGUUGAAAAUCCAAAUAAACAAGUUUACUUUACACCA